AUGGUUUAUUCUGGGAAGUGGGCUGGUAACACCUCAGAUGGUAUCUUUGAGAACUACACCGAGAUCAUAAUUGAGGCUAAAGAUGGUGAGCAAAAGGUGCACACAGUCUGGAUGAACGACCGUCGGAUAAGUUCCCCGACAAAGAAAACAAUUAAAAUAGAGAAUGAUACAUUUUCAACUACAAUGCCCAAUUGGCUGAUGAGCAAUGACAUUGCGUUGACUGGGACAUUCCAUGGAGAUAGUUUGCUUAAGCUCAAUGUACAAAAUGCGGGAAUGGUAGGGCUGCUAGAGUAUGAUAUGGAGUUGCAUCUCGUUGAGAAAACCGGUUCUGAAGCUGAAGAGGAGUACAAAUACUCCCCACCAGAGGACAUUGACGGUUUUGUAAAUGGGGCCGACUCAAGCUCGGUGGGUAUUCCUGGGACAAAAGCGGAAACGCUUGUAUCGGCAAUCAGAACUGAGUAUAGUGGUUCACACGAAAGCCCUGAGAUUCCACGCAUAGAAGGUAUUCUUGUGAUCAAAGACGGUGUUGCGAUACUUGAAGAGUAUUUCAAUGGAUUUUACAAGGAAGCGAAGCAUAACACUGCUUCUGCAAUGAAAAGUGUCACUUCCAUUCUUUUUGGGAUUCUUUACGAUCAAGGAUUGGCGAAUCUGGAUGAUCUGAUUACAGAUAUCUUCGAUUAUCCAAACAACUGGAAAUCAAAAAAAGCUACUAUUAGAGAUGCUCUUGCUAUGAGUGCUGGGGUGGAAUGUGGUAUGAACGAGGCCCAGUUAUUAUUGCGAACAGAUAAUGUUCCUCGGUUGUUAUUGAGUCUUAAUCAGGUCAAUGAACCAGGAAUUAAAUAUUCGUACGAUAACUCACUCCCUUGCUUGAUUGCUUGCUAUAUUGAGCUUAAGAGUGGCAUGCAUUUUGCUGCGUUUGCAAUGAGGUAUCUUUUUGAUCCUUUGGGAAUAAAUGUUGGAUGGACCUAUACUCGUGAGACAUCUGUUGGCGGGGGCCCUAUGGUAAUGGCAAGUGGUGGCCUCCACAUCACUCUGCGUGAUUAUUCAAAAUUGGCGAAGAUGAUGCUAGAUGAUGGUGUUUUUGACGGCAAGAGAAUUCUUUCAUCUGAGUAUAUCGCGCUUUCAACCAGCCAUCAAAGCCCACCAGGUGACUAUCCUUAUGGCUUCUUCUGGCAUCUCAACCCAAAGGAGAAUGGACGCAUGAAAGGGUUGUGCGGAUACUGGGCACUUGGUCAAGGUGGCCAGUUUUUUGGAAUAUUUCCUAAGCAUAAGACCGUUGUUGCUGUAAACUCUAGUUGUUGGCAUUCAGGCGACUAUGAGCCAAAGAUCCUCAAGUUAUUGCAAGCCUACUUGUUUUAG